AAUCGGGCCGUGUAACAUCCUGAGGGACGCGGGGAGCGAGCGGGGCUGAGCUCGGAGCUCCGCGGGGGCCGAGGGGCGUCGUCCGUCUCCCUCCUUCCCCCGUCCAUCCGUCCUGUUUGGCGCUACUUUGUGUGUCCGUCCGCCCGUCGGGCAGCCCGCCUUCCUCCUCCUCCUCCUCCUCCCUCAGGCUCUCCGCCCCGUCUGCGCUCCCUCUGCCUCUCUUUCUCGUUCUCUCCCUUCUGCUGUCCUUCCAGAAGGAAGGGAAAGGAAAAGAGACGACCCACCCGCCCCAAACCGUUAUUUUAAGCCUUUGAGCCGGCUUCCCUGGCGCGCAGGGACUCUGCUCUCCCUUGGCCUCGUUGUGGACUAGUCUCUUGAGCCUGUUAAAACCUCCAGCCAGCCGCGGCUGGGCUCUUGGGGGAGCGGCUGACUUUCGCAGCCUCCUAGAGCAGCCCUCGCAGGCAGGCAGUCUCUUUUUCUCUGGCAGAGCCCGAUGCUGCUUUUCUCCAUGAAUUGGGCGCCGGUGCUUGGCUUUUAAAUCGGCCCCUUGGCUGUUCUUGUUUGCCUUGAGCAGGGAGAGCUGGGUCCCUGUCUCGUUGGGGAGGGGGCUGCUCCAGUCCAGACCCCCGCCACCUCUCUGUGCGAGCCUUUGGGGAGCCUCCUCGCCCCAAGCCUGGAGCGCCCCUUCUGGGUGACCAGGACCAGCCUGACGCACCUGCCCGGCUGCUGACUCCUGAAUGCCAGAGCUGGGGUGGAUCUGCCCCACUUUCUCUCCCCGCGCUGAUCUCAAAACUGCUCAGCUGCUCAGGCCAGAGUCCCCUUGCCCCAGAGUGGGGUCCUGAUCCGCUUGCCAGCUUCCUCCGAGGGCUCUGUUCUUUCCUCCCUGACUCCUCACGAGGACCAUCAUGUCUGUGGCAGGGCUGAAGAAGCAGUUCUACAAAGCCAGCCAGCUGGUCAGCGAGAAGGUUGGUGGGGCUGAAGGAACCAAGCUGGAUGAAGACUUCAAGGAAAUGGAGAAGAAAGUGGACCUUACCAGCAAGGCUGUUACAGAAAUCUUGGCAAGAACAACGGAAUACCUUCAACCUAACCCUGCCUCCCGGGCGAAGUUGACCAUGCUGAACACCGUAUCCAAGAUCCGAGGGCAAGUGAAGAAUCCAGGGUACCCCCAGUCCGAAGGCCUCCUUGGCGAGUCCAUGAUCCGGUAUGGCAAAGAGCUGGGUGAAGAUUCCAACUUCGGCGAUGCCCUGCUUGAUGCUGGAGAAUCAAUGAAGCGCCUGGCCGAAGUAAAGGAUUCUCUGGACAUCGAAGUCAAGCAGAACUUCAUCGAUCCCCUUCAGAAUCUGUGUGACAAGGACUUGAAAGAGAUCCAGCACCACCUGAAAAAGUUAGAAGGGCGACGCUUGGAUUUUGACUACAAAAAGAAACGCCAAGGGAAAAUUCCCGAUGAAGAGCUACGACAAGCUCUGGAAAAGUUUGAGGAGUCCAAGGAAGUGGCAGAAACAAGUAUGCACAACCUUCUCGAGACCGACAUCGAGCAAGUCAGCCAGCUUUCGGCUCUGGUGGAUGCCCAGCUGGAUUACCACAGACAAGCAGUGCAGAUUCUGGACGAGCUGGCGGAGAAACUGAAACGCAGAGUGCGGGAGGCUUCUUCACUCCCCAAGCGAGAAUAUAAGCCGAAGCCCAGGGAAUCCUACGAAUUCGGAGAGAGCGGGGACCAGUCGAACGGUGGCUUUUCCUGCAAUCCCACUCCCAAAGUCUCUGCUUCCUCCUCUUUCCGAUCCGAAAAACCAUCCCGGACCCCCAGCAGGAUUUUUUCACCACACCUGGACCAGCCCUGCUGCAAGGCGCUGUACGACUUUGAGCCAGAGAACGACGGGGAGCUGGGCUUCAAGGAGGGCGAUAUCAUCACGCUGACCAACCAAAUUGACGAGAACUGGUACGAGGGCAUGAUCAACGGCCAGUCGGGCUUCUUCCCCCUCAACUACGUGGAAGUCCUCGUCCCGCUACCUCAGUGAAACGGCGGCCUUCUCCGGUGCUCUUCCAUCCUCCGUCCUCCCUUCCUUACAUUCCGUGUGUGGGUACACCUGACACUAAUUCCCCUUCCGGGGAGGGGGGUGCUUUUUGGAAAAGGGGUGGCUGUGGGGCCCCAGGGGCUGCAGCGAGGCCACGCGGCUCCCUCGGGGCGGGGUGGGGUGGGGCGGGCUCUGAGACGCACAAAGAGAGGCUCCCCCUGGGGCACGGGCAGGGGCUGCUUCGGCUGGGCCCAGCACAGGGAGUGCUUGUCCCCAUUUUGGAGGACUGGGGAAGAUUGCUCUCUUAUGGAGUAGACGCCUGUGGGGAGUGUGUGUGUGUGUGUGUGUACUGGCUCCAGGCAUUGCGUAGGGUCGCAUUUGAUAAGCAAGCUCCGGGGUCUGCCUUUCCACAGGGCAUUUCUGCCAUCAGGAGCCCCUUCUCUGUCUGUGCUCUCUGUGAGCGUCUUCUAAAGCCGCUUGACCUCAGUGGCCCUUUCCAGAUGGGUCUGGUUACAAUUCCCAGAAUUCCCAGCCAGCAUCGCCAACUGCUUUCCGGAAAUUGUCCAGCCUCUCUGAAGGGUGCCAAGUCGGAGGCGGUGGGAAGGGCUUGGGUCUGAAGGCUUUCCUGGUUUUCAGUGUUUGGCUCUCAGGGGUCCAGUUUGGGCCAUGCAUUUCACCCAUAAGCGACGGCGGCCUCCGCCGUCCUGGGGCGUGGAGAGCCGCCUUCAAGCCCCUCCUGGUUGAGGCCGGCGUCCUGAAUCCAUGCUGCAGGAGUGCAGGGUGGAAACCGUAGUUCUGCGUCCUUGUCGCCCACCUGCUCUGCGUCUGGUUGACCAGCAGGCCUUUGUCCCCGGCAGAGGAACCCCCCUCUGUAUACUUCAGACCUUCCCACCGCCACCCUCCACCCUGGGGUGGUCUCGAAUGCACCUCAGUGGGUGCAUCCGUUCUUGGUUUCCUGCCCUUCGAGCUACUUAAUUUCAGCGAAUCCGCCUACACUACAGACAAGACUGGGGAGCACUUUCCGCGUGUCCUGGCUUCUGCCAAAGGAACUGGGGAGCUGUGGGGAGCUGCGGCGCUGAGCCCCACUGCAAACUGCGCUGCGUCCAUUGCUCGAAGGGAAAGCUGGACUGAUUGGGGGCCUUGCAUUAGGACAGUGUUUCUCGACCUUGGCCACUUUAAGAUGUGCGGACUUCAACUCCUUGCUGGCUGGGGAAUUCUGGGAGCUGAAGUCCGCACAUCUUAAAGUGGCCAAGGUCGAGAAACACAGAACAAGGAUCAGCAGAAACGCUCCAGGCGGUUCAGAGCUCAGUUGGAAGAUGACUUGCGUGCGGCUUCCCGGCGGCCCUAGUUAAUUUUCUCCCCCCAAGCUAGUGCUUAUUUUCCAAAGCCGCAAAUAAAAAACCGGCUAUAAAUAAAACACUCUCUUGUUAGCCUAAGGAGGCUGUGGGACUCAGCCCAUUCCCAGAUUUCCCCCCCCCUGAAAAGCCAGACACUGCUGUGAACACAAUGAAGCAGAAUUCAGAGCUGCUUUAGGUCAAAGCCGUGGGGGGGGGGACCGAUGUGGGGAGUGAAGGUAGCUGGAUGUGCCCAUCUGGUGCCUCGGGACCCCCCAUCCAGAGUUCCCAACUUGCAUUGGGGGGAGGGGGGCUUGCAACCCGAGAACGCGCGGGGAGAGUGGUGGACCACGAUGCUUGCAAAGGGUGCGGCCUUUGGCUCAGCCCCCCUUGGCAAGGAAGAGGCCUUGCCUUGCGUUCCUGUGUUUGCAGGAGGAGCCAAGCCCCCCUCCUCCCCCCAGCCUGCAGCACCCCAAUGUUCUUGCCCCCCACCCCCCACUGGGGAAAGGCUGCGUGGCUUGGGGAGGGUCGGGCUUAAUUCUAACGCUGCUACAUUGCAGAAAGGCAGCAGCACCACCUGGUGCCUUAAAUUUUCAGGAUUGAAGGAGGUGAUGCGUUCUCCUUGGGACCUGCAUCCUGUGGGACGCCUGGAUGCUGUUUCCUAACUUUUCACCCCUUCUUGGCGGUUUAAAACUGGUCUUUGGGCUUUCUCGCUGCAGGCAGUCGGGCUAAACUCAGCAGAGGCUGGUUUUGUUUUUGUUUUUUUCUUUUUUCCUUCCAGGGAUUGUGCAUGUGGGUAGCAAUCUGCUCCCGUCCUCCCCUGCAAAAGGGUGUCUGGGGAGGGGGAGGGAUUGCAAAGCCAGGACUGCCCCGCCCCAGCAAUCCAGUUGCUCCUAAAACCUCCCAGCAAUUUUUUUUCUAUGGCACUUAUUGGGGGGGGGGGGAGUCAUCACAAUCCUUUUCACCAAGCCCACCACUGUGGAAAGGCUCAGUGGGCUGCAGCUUUGAGAAACUGCAUUCUUGGGUGGGGAGGGGGGUGCAUUUGAAUUUCCUACAAUGCAUCAGCAACAAUUGUACAAAUUAAGCAUGGCUGCUGGGCCCAACUGCCUCUCUUCCCUGAAAGUGCUUUAUGAAUGGGGGGGGGGGGGCAGAGGGGGAGAGGCAUCUGAGGUCAGAGCCCUGCCAGCUUUCUAAGGAUGUGGUGCUGGCACCAGCUCUGGAAAAGAGAAAUAAAUUGGAGGGGGGGCAGGGUGGGGGGUUGCAGAGAAAGAAAGAAAAGGCAGUACUUGUACUCCGUACGGGAAUAAUGCUCCCUGGCCUCCAACAUUACCGUCUUUUGAUUCCGAAGCCAGCCUUUUUUCUCUCCCCCGCUCAACCCCUUAACCAGUAUGCGAGGCACGCAUAGUCCUAUACAUGUCAAUUGAUUUAUCUUGUUUUAAAGUUAGCAUCUCCUCCUGGCUCAGAGCCGUGUCCAGCUGGGGUAGGUGUCAUGUGUAACUGUUAUCUAAAAGUUGCUUCUUGUUGUUGUUGUUUUUUUAAAUAUCCACCCAAUCUUAACUCAGUAUAAUCUUUGUACAACUGCCCCCUCCCACCAUUUUUUUAACCAGUCCCAUAAAUUUCUCUCUCAGCGUAUUCUCUCUGUUCAGUAUCUCCCUGUGAUCUUCCCACUUCCAUCAGGACCACUUGAACAAAACAAAACAAACCAUCGAAUGGGGAGUGGGACGAGAAAAAAACAAGUUUGUAAAUAUCUAAUCCGUUGAAUGUCAUGGCUGCGUGCUGGCAUCUGUUCCAUUGGAUGGAGUGAAAACUUGUCUUCUGUAUUUUCUUAGUCUGGGCAAUUUAUUGUGGGGGGGGAAACAAAACCUUUUCUUGUUUAUGCAUUUAUUUUUGUUUUGGAAUUAAAAAAAACACCUUGUAUCCUUGAAAAUAAAAAAAAGUAUUAAAUGGUUGAAA